CAGCACCGCUAGCUUAACAAACCAGGUCAAAUGAGUUGAAGGAAACUUUUCUAUCUACUCUGAGUCGAAGCCAAACUUUACAGACAUUUAUAGAAAUCACACCUGGAUCAAUAAAUCGAUUAACUUUUGAUAAAAUUGCUGCGCACACGCGCAACUUUGGUCGAUCCCAAAGUUGCAGGAAGUUUGCAGGAAGUGAGCUCGUUAGGACAUUCUUGUGAGGAUUGUUGGGGGGGUUUAUAAAGAUUAGUGUCUUUAUGCGUUUUCACGUGAAAGAGCCUUUAUAAAGGGUCUCUCUGGAGGAGACGCUGCUCCGCCACACAUCAGGGAAAAAUAAUAAGUUGUGUUUUUGUGCAAAGUUUUAAAUUUUUGUACAGUUCAACAUGGCAGCGUAUACAUUACCGGAGGGAUUCACGGAUUUUGACAUGUUUGCUUUCGGGACAGCGCUUCUUGUUGGAGGCUUGCUGGGUUUCUUCCUCAAUGUGAUCAGCAUUAUGUCUUAUCUCAGAGUGAAGGAGAUGAGGACUCCCAGUAACUUCUUUGUGUUCAAUCUCGCACUGGCUGACCUCAGUUUGAAUAUAAAUGGACUUGUAGCUGCUUACGCCAGUUAUCUCAGAUAUUGGCCAUUUGGUGUGGAAGGAUGUAACUAUCAUGGUUUUCAAGGGAUGGUAUCAAUCCUGGCCUCCAUCUCUUUCUUGGCUGCCAUUGCCUGGGACAGAUAUCACCAGUACUGCACCAGACAGAAGCUCUUCUGGAGCACCACUAUGACCAUGUGCGGCCUCAUCUGGGUUCUGUCCAUCUUCUGGGCUGCUAUUCCUCUCAUGGGUUGGGGCGUCUUUGACUUUGAACCAAUGAAGACAUGCUGCACGCUUGACUACACCAAAGGGGACAGAGACUAUGUGACUUACAUGCUGAGUCUGGUGGUGCUUUACCUGUUGCUCCCAUGUUACACCAUGUGGUCAUGUUAUGACGCCAUCUACAGACACUUCAAGAAGAUCCACCACUACAGGUUUAACACCAGUGUGCCAUUGAGAGUACUGCUGACAUGUUGGGGCCCCUACGUCGUCAUGUGUGUCUAUGCCUGCUUUUCUAAUGCCAAACUUGUCUCUCCAAAGCUAAGGAUGGUGCUUCCAGUUCUUGCAAAGACAAACCCCAUCUGGAACGCUCUCCUCUACACAUUUGGAAACGAGUUCUACCGAGGCGGCGUUUGGAACUUCCUCACAGGACAGAAGAUUGUUGAGCCUGUUCUUAAAAAGUCAAAAUAAGAGGAAACUUAGCUUGUUCAGCAAACAUCCAAAACCAUUAAAUUCAUUAUUAGAGGAUGGUUACAGUCUUGGUUAAGUGUUUUAGUAGAGUUGUAAUAUUUCCAUUUGAGAACAUUUGGUAGAGCUCACACAAGUUCUUCCGUUGCCUCAUUGUGCAGACUGGAUUUGUGUCAUUAUUAAUUAUUGCAUUCUUUUUACAGCAAAUUGUUUAUACUGCUCCUCCAUCCAUGUUAGAGCAUUCACAAUAAACCCAUUGUGUUUCCA